AUGUUUACAGAAGAGCAACUUCGGCAAUUUAAAAUACCUGCACUAAAAGAACUAUUAGUUGAGAGAAACUUACCAGUUUCUGGUAGAAAGGAGGAGUUGAUAACCAGAAUUUUGACGGCUGAGGGUAAAAAAUCAGAGGAGGCUUUAAAACAAACCAAUAAUAUGGAUAUUAAUAAUGUCAUUAACAACGAUACGGUACUCACCACCGAUUCAAAGAAUGAAGUAACUGAUUUAUUCGACAAAGAUCUGUUAAACUCGCCAAAUGACCUUACAUCAGGGCUUGAUAACUUUGAUUGGGAAAAAUUCACUACCGAUGAUAUUGAUGCUUUAUCCAAAGAUAAUACUUUUGAUUCGCUUAUUUCUCCUACUUCUCCUUCACAUUCUAUCACUUCUAAUAAAGAUAGUACACAAGAUAAAGUAAAAUCCGAUGCAUCCAAAGAUGGUCAAUCUCAAACAAUAAAAUCGGACGAUGUCAAAGAAACUUCAGUUAAAAAUGAUACAAACUCAGAAUCUUCUAAGCCUGAUGUUCUCGUAAAACCGUCAGGAUUCACAUGCAAAAAGAUUGUAUUUGACGAACCGACAUCACCGAUCAGUAAAAGUCAAUCGGAUUUAAAUGCUGAAAUUGAAAGGCGAAAGAAACGCGCAGAGCGCUUUGGAACUCAAUUAUCAGAAGCGGAUAAAAAACUUCAACGGGCUGCAAGAUUUGGCGUUGAAGUUACUAGUCCUAUUGACUCUCCUCUUAAAGCACCUUUACCUUUUCCUUCCCGAAAAUUAUCUACUACUUCAGUUGAUAAUGAUGAAAAACUGAGAAAGCGGGCAGAAAAAUUUGGUCUUGAUAAGACUAAAAAUGAAACACCUAAUAUAACGGCUACAUCAAGUUCGUUAAGUGAAGAAGAGAAAAAAAAGAUGAGAGCUGAAAAAUUUGGCCUGGUGACUACACCGUCACCGGUAUCAACUGGCAGUUCCAAUGUAACCAAUACUACAUCAUCUUCAUUAUCUGAAGAGGAGAAAAAGAAAAGAAGAGCCGAAAAAUUUGGUACUAACCAAAAAAGUGAAGGUUUAGAUGAAGAAGCAUUAAAUAGAUAUAAAUCAAAAAGACGACGAAUUCACACUAUUUAA